AUUGGUGUCGACAUCAAUGCUCGCUAAAUCGCGCGACCAUUGACUCCAACACAGGAAACAGCAGCACUUAUCAGACUCUUACACAGAUGUAAAUAUUGACGGAGGGAGAGGGGUACUCAUUCUGAGCUGAUAUGCUGAUGAUGGAGUGUCGUCUGUUCUUCUUUGUGACCCUAUUUGCGAUAUGUGAGGGUUCUGGACACAUCUCUCUUACUAUGGUGCGUUACUACAACCCCGGGGGUCGGGGAAGAAAUGGCCACCCGUGUGACGGAAAGUUUUUCUUCAGCGGAAGUGACUGUGAUCACAGGUUUACGAUCUGUCUGGACCAGUACAAUGGGCCCAACAAUGUAUACAGGUGCCCGUUCGGACGAAAAUCAACAGGCGAAGUUUCAAACAGUAACAACAACUACUUUGGUGGUAAUGUAGGUGGCGUGGCGAAUCCGAUGCUAUUUCCCUUCGCUUUGUGGCCGGGUAGCCUUAAGAUUAAGGUGGAAGUAUGGGAUAGUGACGACAACGGCGAUGAUUAUGUUGACUUCCUGGCUGCUACAUAUAAAACUAUUCCAGGUUUCAACGCAACUUCCGCUUCUUUGGUACCCUACACACUCAGCUCACGGACAACAUUAUGGUUAAGAUUGAGGGUUUACUGUGACAAGGAUUAUUAUGGGGUAAAUUGUGCCACCUUUUGUCAGUCACGUGACGAUCACUUAGGCCACUAUACCUGUGAUCCUAAUACAGGAUCUAAAGUAUGUUUGAAAGGUUGGCAAGGGACAUUAUGUCAUGUCCAGAUUGACAACUGUCAGAGUUCGCCCUGUCUAAAUAGCGCCACUUGUGUCAACUCACACGGAGGCUUUCUUUGUGUCUGCGCAGACGGAUUCAAUGGCACACGAUGUGAGAUUGACUUAGAUGAAUGUCAGUCCUCCCCUUGUCAAAAUAAUGCAACUUGCACAGACCUUAUAAAUGGAUUUCAUUGCGCGUGUUUGAAUGGAUUUUCUGGAAGGACGUGUUUGGAAAAUAUAAAUGAUUGUCUGUUAAAUCCAUGUAAAAAUAAUGCUACGUGUAGAGAUCUCAUUGGCGGAUUUGAAUGUCAAUGCAAAGGGGGUUGGGCAGGUAAGCAAUGUGAUGUAAAUAUUAAUGAAUGUAGAAGCAGUCCAUGCCAUGGGAAUGCAACAUGUGUAGAUGAUAUAGACAGCUUCCAGUGCAUGUGUCCUCGAGGUAUAAGUGGCAGACUUUGUGAUUCUGAUGUUAAUGAAUGUCUCGACUUUUCAUGUAGAAACGGGGGUACGUGUGUUAAUACAGUUGGAAGCUUUUACUGCGCAUGUCCUGUAGCAUGGACUGGGGAAAUAUGUGAGGUCGAUGUAAAUGAAUGUGACGAAAAUCCGUGUAUGAAUGGAAAAUGCACCAAUUUAGAUGGACAUUUCUAUUGUAAUUGUUCCGAGGGAUGGAUGGGUGCUUUAUGUGAUGUUGAUGUAGAUGAAUGUAUGUCCUUUCCCUGCUUUGGAUCCGCCACCUGUGUGAAUAGUAAUGGCAGUUUCUCUUGUGUUUGUCCACCAGGUUAUUCUGGGAAUAUAUGUAAACAAGAUAUAAAUGAAUGCAAUCCCAAUCCUUGCUUACAUAAUUCCACUUGUAGCGACAGAGUAAAUGAUUUCCAUUGUACAUGUCAGUCUGGGUUUUCUGGUAAACGUUGUGAGAAUAACAUUGACGAAUGCAUUUCCAGUCCUUGCCAACAUCAGUCGACAUGUAUCGACACAUUUGGGUCUUUUGAGUGUCUAUGUCCGCAGGGCGUUCAUGGGAAUGUAUGCGAGGUUGAUGAAAAUGAGUGUGAAUCAAAUCCAUGCUUUGGAUCCGCUACCUGUGUGGAUGAGGUAGGUAAAUACAGUUGUGUCUGUCCUCCAGGAAUGGAGGGUGAUAACUGCAACAUUAAUACCGACGAUUGUGCUCCUUCACCCUGCGCUUCAAGCGCUACAUGUAUGGAUGGACUUGCAUCCUUUAGUUGUAUUUGCGCAAAGGGGUUCACCGGAAAGAUGUGUGAUAUUGAUAUUGAUGAAUGUGGGUCUAACCCAUGUCAGAAUCUUUCCACAUGUGUUGACACUGUGAACGGAUAUCAAUGUAUCUGUCCACGUGGAACGACUGGAACACAUUGCGAGAAAAACGUCAAUGAAUGUUCCUCUAGUCCAUGUCUGAAUAGAGCUACCUGUAUUGAUGCCUUGGACGGUUACCAAUGCACAUGCGCGUUAGGCUUCACCGGAGUACAUUGUGAGUUAGAUAUUGAUGAAUGCUCUUCCGAUCCUUGUUACAAUAACGGGACAUGUAUAGAUGGAGAAGGGAGGUAUAUUUGUCAGUGUAUACCUGCUUUUGCCGGAGGGAACUGUGAGGUCGAGGUAAAUGAAUGUUCCUCAGAUCCCUGUCAUAACGGAGGUACCUGUCUUGAUGGGAUUGGGGAAUACACAUGUUUCUGUCCUCAGGGCUAUACAGGGAUUUACUGCGAAGGCGAAAUUGACAAUUGUAACCCCAAUCCCUGUUUUCAGGAUGCGGAAUGUCAGAAUGCCAUUACCGGGUUCACUUGCAAAUGUCCUACUGGCUACCAAGGGGAAUUCUGUGAUGAUAUCGACGAGUGCGCAGAAUCUCCAUGUGGAAAACAAGGUCAUUGUGAAAACUUUCCAGGAUCGUUCUCUUGCUUGUGCCCGGAAGGACUUCAAGGAGAGUUGUGUGAUGUAGAUGUGGAUGAAUGUCAGGGAAAUCUCUGCCAAGGAAACUCCACCUGUGUCAAUGAAUUUGGAUCCUUCCGAUGUCAAUGUGAAUUAAAUCGAUCAGGUACCUUGUGUGACGAUAAAAAUGAUUGCUAUAGCAAUCCCUGCCAGAACAAUGCCACGUGCAGCAUCUCUAAGGGAGGGGCUUACACGUGUCAGUGUAAGGACGGCUGGGUUGGACCAACGUGUUCAUUACAAAUUACACCAGAUUGCAGUGGCAUAACAGUAAAAGUGGACGGAAACAAAGUUGACCAGGCAAAUUUUAUGAAGAAUUUUAAGAAAAUAUUAUCGGAAAAAUAUAAUGUACAGCAGUCUGACAUUUACAUAAUGGUGAACAACACAAUUGAAGGUAGAGAAAAUAAUACAUCAGAUAAACUGAUAACGGCGAGAGUUUUCAUAAAAAGCCGAGCUGUGUGUUUGGGGGAGCUACAACCAAUGUUAACAGAGAUGAAGGAUUCCCUGGUAUCUGGGAGUCAACCACUGAGUGAACAGAUCAUACAUAGUAAAGAUUCUCAGAACUGGUUGUCCCUGAACUGGUAUGUGGUAGUCAUAGCUGUGGUGUCCGCCAUAUUGAUUCUCUCUAUUCUAUUAUUCGCUCUAAAGAAGAGAAAACAACAGAAGCAUGUGAUAAACGGAAGCCGUCGCUAUAACAACGAGUCUGAUGUCGCUCACUUAGACGAGGCAAAUGGCUUUAUACCAAUCACUUUUGAAAAUUCACUCUAUGCUACAGUCCAGCCAGAAGAACCAAUCAGGGUGUCUACCAGAUAUGAUUUUGAUGACAGUUGAACCAGAGAGAGAGAGAGAGAGAGAGAAGCAUAGAGUAUAAACUGACUUCUGCAACUGUGUAGAGAGUGUAGAGUGACAGGGAGAGAAGAGAGAAUGACUUUAAAACUUCAUCAACAUAAAAAUACUCUUCAUUUGUCCUCGUUUUCAAAAUAAAUAUUUGGUCUAUAAAACAA